AGCCGCAUCACAUCUCGCCAUGAAGGUCCUGGUUCUGUUUUUGGCAUCAGUGGCAGCAGUUACAGCUCGCCCGCAGGGUUAUAGCCUGCCAACGCCCUCUGGCUCGUCCUUUGGCUCGUCCGCUGGACAGUCCUUUGGCUCGUCCUUUGGCUCGUCUGGUGGACAGUCCUUUGGCUCGUCCUUUGGCUCGUCCGCUGGACAGUCCUUUGGCUCGUCCUUUGGCUCGUCUGGUGGACAGUCCUUUGGCUCGUCCUUUGGCUCCUCCGUCGGACCAUCUGCUGGUCCGUCCUCAGGUGGAUGCAGCCCCGGGCAAGUGCGACAUGUGGACGGAAGAUGCGUGACUCCGCGAGAAAACAGAAGAGUGUUCUUGUAUGAAGUUCCUUCGAACGUGGUGUUCAACAGCGCUCCAGUCAACAUCCCUGAGCCAACAGUGGAGACCAACAUCGUGCUCAUCCGAACACCCGAAGGAUUGCAAGGACCUGAUCCCGUGGUCGUGCCUCCUCCGAGACAGCAGCACGUGGUGUACGUGCUCAACAAGCAGUCUGAACACGACCAGAGGGUGAUCGAGGUCACAGCGCCACCACCAUCCGACCCUGAAGUUUACUUCGUCAACUAUGCUGAAGGCGAGAACCCAACUCUUCCUAGCGGAGUGGAUCUACAGAGCGCUUUGGGCGCUGCCACUCAAGGCGGCGGUCAGGUGAUCGGUGACAGCGGUAUCGGUAUCGGCGGAGGCGUAGGCGGUGGUAUUAGUGGCGGUAUCGGAGGUGGCAGUGGCGGAAGCAUCAGUGUGGGAGGAGGCGGAGGAUUCGGAGGAAGCGGUGAUUUCAGCAGCUUCGGAGGAAGCAGUGGAUUUGGAAGCAGUGGCAGUUUUGGAUCCGGAAGUGGAUUCGGUGGUUCGGGAAGCGGCAGCCUCAGUGGAAGCUACACUCCACCAACCCAGCCCUCAAACCUGUACACUUCACCAUAGAAGCCAUGAAGUGAACAGCCAAUCGUGCUGCCUAAUUAUGGAUAUAACGAAUACUGUUAGGCCUAACUUAUGAAUGUAAACAUUUUGCCAAAUAAACUAUAACCACAGACUUA